AAUGAGGCCGCGUUCACGGACGGGACGCCGGAGAGAAACCGGAUCAUCGCGUCCUCGUGCACCGGCGUGUUUUGUCGGCGUGUGUCGAUCUGCGUAGAGGAAGAAUGCUGGAAAACAAGAGGGAAAGAUUUAAAACGUUUCUGAGAAAGCUCGACGAGAGCGCCAUAUCGAAAAUCAAGCAUUUAAUGAAGGAUAGCUAUGCGGUGGACGCCGGGACGAUCCCUGCCAAGGUGAAGAAGGGAAGGACCAAAAGCAAGCUGGGGAGCAAGAAGACGCUCAGUUUGGAGGAAAAUCAGCUGGAGACCAAGAGCCUGAACCAGCCAAGCUCUCACACUCUUGAUAUGGACAGACCUCUGGAGAGAAGCGAGAGCCUCAACUCAAGAAGUAGCUUUAUGAAGCACAACAAAACCUUCCACAGACUCUUCCCAGAAGUCCCUGAGACUGAAGACCUGCUGCAUGCUUACGUGUGUGCGCUGCAGAAGGAAGUGCCUUAUCACGGCCGUCUGUACAUCACCGACAGCAGCCUGUGCUUCUUCUCCUCCGUGCUGCUCAAAGACACCAAGCUGCUGGUUCCCGUCGCCAGCGUGAGCGUCCUGAAGAAGCAGAACACAGCGCUGCUCGUACCAAACGCCAUCUCCAUCCGAACCUCAGACGGAGAGAAGUAUUUAUUCGUGUCUCUGCGUAACAGGGAAGGCUGCUAUAAGCUUCUGCGAUCCGUCUGUGCUCCGCUGGAGGAAGGAAGUGCCAACAGCAGCCCUCUCUUCUCAUCGGCAGAGAACAGCCUGGAUGCGGUCAGAGCGGUGGUAAGUGAGCGCUCUGGGCUUCAGGAGAGCUCCAGUCAGUCCAGUCUGGACGAGUCCUUCCAGACGUCUCCUCCGAUGUCUCGACUCGCUCCAGAAAACACUGCGAUCGAGAGCCCAGCGCGGACGCCAGACGAGAGCUCGGGGGACGAAGACACCGGAAGUUGGUGGGUCUGGAGCGUGACGGAUCGAGCGCGGUCUCUCCUCGUCCAGAGAGAAGUCAACAACCUCAACACUGUGCUGCUCAUCUACCUGAUCCUGGUGUUUCUGCUCUUGUUGUCGUCUGGCUAUAUUGGCCUGCGUAUCGUGGCCUUAGAAGAGCAGCUGGCGUCUCUCGGAGCCCUUCCCAAAUUCACUCUACAAAGCGGGUACAAAGAAACGUAAGAGAUAUCAUCCAUCUGAACUUUGGAAAGAAGCACCAAAAAACGUUUUUAAAGAUCCACUAGCUGCUGCAAGGAAUGCUGGGAAGGACCUUUAUUUGCACAUGCCCCAGCUGCUAAACUCGCUGAA